CAUGAUCACAUUACCGUUCUCUCUAUGCUUAUGCAUAAAAGUUGUACAAGAGUACGAGAGGGCUGUCAUAUUUAGGCUGGGUCGCCUUCUACCCGGGGGAGCCAAAGGUCCAGGACUUUUCUUUAUAUUACCAUGCAUGGAUAGCUAUACGAAAGUCGAUCUAAGGACGGUCUCCUUUGAUGUGCCACCACAAGAAGUACUGUCAAAAGAUUCUGUAACCGUAGCUGUCGAUGCUGUGGUCUAUUAUCGAGUACAGAAUGCGACAAUAAGCGUUACAAACGUGGAGGACGCUGCUAGAUCGACAAGACUACUUUCGGCAACUACUCUAAGGAAUGUACUUGGCACCAAAAACCUUAGUGAAAUUCUAAGUGAACGAGAGAAUAUUUCGAACACGAUGCAGGCCAACUUAGACGAGGCAACAGAUCCUUGGGGUGUCAAGGUGGAAAGAGUAGAAAUAAAAGACGUUAGAUUACCGGUACAGCUGCAAAGAGCGAUGGCUGCAGAAGCGGAAGCGGCUCGGGAAGCCAGAGCUAAGGUAAUAGCUGCUGAAGGAGAGCAAAAAGCGUCAAGAGCUUUAAAAGAAGCCGCUGAAGUCAUGCAGGAUUCGCCGUCCGCCUUGCAGUUGCGUUAUCUACAAACAUUAAAUACAAUUUCGGCGGAGAAGAAUUCGACUAUUAUUUUCCCAUUGCCGAUCGACUUGGUAAAAAACUUUUUAAAAUGA